AUGUCAGACGAUGAUCAAUUUUCUCUUCAUAGCUUUGACCCAGAUUAAGAAAAGAAUAUUGAAAAUGAAAUCGACCAAUUCUAUAAGGAAUUAAGUCUUCAAUUUUAUGGCGAGGAUAAGAAGAAGAAGGUUUCUUUACUUAUGUCAGGUUCGACUCAAGAGACAAGCAAGCCCAGCAGAGACACGCUGCCGGAUGUAAAAAAGGGUUUUAUGUAUGUGACUCCUCUAUCUACUCGGCCAGGCAGUCCAAGAGUUGGUCGAAUUCAAGUGCAAAAGAGAGCGACAAAUCAAAACAGUUCAGGAAGUCCUUCCAAGUUGAAACCUCUACAAACAAAAAAACUUCUCUAGCUCCUACAGUCACCUUACAAUUCGAAGAACACUUAGAAACAAGCUUUCAUCAAAAAAUAAUUGGAUAUGAUAAAGCGCAUACAGAUUUAGGAAUUAAAAGAACAUUAUUAUAAAUGA